UCGGGAGGGGCUCGGGGAACAUUUAGCGGGGUUCCCCGGUUCCUCGGCCCUUGGAAGCGCGAUGAGGUCGGUUAGCUACGUGCAGCGCGUCGCUCUGGAAUUUAGUGGGAGCCUCUUCCCGCACGCGAUCUGCCUCGGAGACGUCGAUAACGACACGUUAAAUGAACUGGUCGUGGGGGACACCAGCGGGAAGCUGUUCGUGUAUAAGAGUGAUGACAGCCGGCCGUGGCUCACCUGCUCCUGCCAGGGCAUGCUGACUUGCGUUGGGGUCGGAGAUGUGUGUAAUAAAGGAAAGAACCUGGUAGUGGCGGUGAGUGCCGAAGGAUGGUUUCACCUGUGUGACCUGACGCCUGCCAAGGCCCUGGAUGCUUCUGGGCACCACGAGAGCCUGACGGCAGAGGAGCAACAUCCAGUGUUCAAACAGCAUAUCCCUGCCAACACCAAGGUCAUGCUGAUCAGCGACAUCGAUGGAGACGGGCGUUGCGAGCUGGUGGUGGGUUACACAGACCGCGUGGUCCGCGCUUUCCGCUGGGAAGAUCUGGGCGAGGGCACUGAGCAUCCCAUGGGACAGUUGGUGUCCCUCAAGAAAUGGACGCUGGAGGGUCAGGUGGACAGUCUCUCGGUGACUCCCGGGCCCCUGGGUGUGCCAGAACUGAUGGUAUCUCAGCCAGGCUGUGCUUACGCCAUUCUGCUGUGUACCUGGAACAAGGACACCGGGCCCCCCCCCACCUCUGAGGGAGCCCCGGAGGGCAGUAGAGACACCCUGGCUGCCCGAGAUGUCAUGUUGCACCAGACUUCUGGCCGCAUCCACAACAAGAACGUCUCCACCCACCUCGUUGGCAACAUCAAACGAGGCCACACCGCUGAGAGGGCUGGCUCUGGCCUCUUUGCCCUCUGCACUCUGGAUGGGACCCUGAAGCUGAUGGAGGAAGCAGACAAGCUGCUGUGGUCGGUGCAGGUGGAUCACCAGCUCUUCGCCCUGGAGAAACUGGAUGUCACGGGCAACGGGCAUGAGGAGGUGGUGGCCUGUGCCUGGGAUGGACAGACGUAUAUCAUUGAUCACAACCGCACCGUCGUCCGCUUCCAGGUGGACGAGAACAUCCGAGCCUUCUGUGCAGGCCUCUUUGCCUGCAAGGAGGGCCGCAACAGCCCCUGCCUCGUGUACGUCACGUUCAACCAAAAGAUCUACGUCUACUGGGAGGUGCAGCUCGAGCGGAUGGAAUCGACCAAUCUGCUGAAACUGCUGGAGGCUGAGCCAGAGUUCCAGAACCUCCUGCAGGAGCUGGGCGUGGAUCCUGACGACGUCCCAGCCGUCCGUGCCCUGCUUCACCAGACCCUCUACCAUCCGGACCAGCCACCCCAGUGUGCUCCUGCAAGCCUCCACGAUCCCACCUAGCCGGACUUGCCCUCUUAGCUGAAAAAGGAGCCUCCUGAACCCCCCCACCCCCAGGUAUCCAUGGUGCUGGCAGAAUAGGGAGCAAACAUCACAGAGGGGCAUGGAAGGAUGGCAGCCAUCCUAGGGGGGCUGUGAAAGAAGAGACGAGUUGGCCUUCUGUUCGUUUCCUCGUGUACCUUACCCAUCACAUCGGCAGAAUCGUAGGACCCCCACCUCAUUCCACAUGUGCGGGACCGCUCCCUCCCCCCUGGAGCUCCCCAUUCUCCUUGUAUGGCAAACAAGCAUGUUUGUGAGCCAGGAGCACAGAUCUUUUGGAGGGCUCCAACGCUUGUAAUGAAAGCAGGCUUUCCGGCCAGUGGAGCAAUGAGCUAAGGGCUUUCCCUGGUUCCAAGCUCCAUCUCCCCUGGCACAACUCCAAGUCAUUGGCAUCCGUGGUGAUUACAGGAAUGGCCCAGUGUUUUGCUUUUGAAGACGGCCUUUCCGAACAUUUUACACUCUGGUCUUCACUGUUCCCACAACCCUGAGAUGAUUUUCUUCUGUUUAUCCCAGAAGCCUGGUUAGUACUUCCUCAUUUUGCCGUGUUCUUUAAGUAUUGUGUGGUUUUGUAGGCCGUGCUCCCUUUUUCCCCAAAAACACCUUGUCUAUGAGACAUUUGAAAUCUGGUGCAAGUUUAGGAGUCAGACCACAACCAGAAUUGUAUCUUGGGCCAAUUUUACCACUUCUGCUCUCGAUUCUGCACGCUCCCAAGCUGGUGUUUUUUCACAUUACAGGUUGCCGUCCUGUGGUGGGUUGUGGUCAGCAUUUUUUGGCUAAACGAAAUAGGAUAGAAUAAAGUAGUGUGAGAAAUGUCAGAGUAUAUUGCUCGCAGUAGGAGAAGUAUUGUUUUGUUAAAAUUGUGUGUGUGCUCUGAGUACAAUGUAAAAUGCAUUUCCGGCCAUGAGUUGUGCUCCA